CUUGGGCUUCUGGGGAGGUCCUUUAUAGAAUUGCUAUCUUAGUGCCAGCCUCACCACCUCCAAGUGGUUCUUUGCCUACACCCCCUACUCAUCUCCCAACUGGAAAAAAAAUGCUUGGAAACGACACAACUCUGACAGCAGGAAGCAUAGUAUACAUCACUGUAGAGAUUGUUAUUGGACUUUGUGCCAUUGUAGGCAACGUACUAGUCAUCUGGGUGGUAAAGCUGAACCCAGGCCUGCAGAAUACCACCUUCUACUUCAUUGUCUCUCUGGCCCUGGCUGACAUCGCUGUGGGUGUGCUGGUCAUGCCUCUUGCCAUUGUGAUUAGCUUGGGCAUCACCAUUCACUUCUACAACUGCCUUUUUAUGACCUGUCUGCUGCUGGUCUUUACCCAUGCCUCCAUCAUGUCCUUGCUCGCCAUUGCUGUGGACCGCUACCUGAGGGUCAAGCUUACGAUCAGAUACAAGAGAGUGAUCACUCAGAGAGUAAUAUGGAUGGCCCUGGGGUUCUGCUGGCUGGUGUCGAUCUUGGUUGGGCUGGUCCCUAUGUUUGGUUGGAAUGAGAGAAUGAGCCCGGGCUCCUCUGGGAAUGCCAGCUUCCUCCCGUGCCGCUUCCGCUCGGUUAUGAGGAUGGACUACAUGGUCUAUUUCAGCUUUUUCACCUGGAUCCUCAUCCCGUUGGUCAUGAUGUGCGCCAUCUAUGUUGACAUUUUCUACGUUAUCCGCAACAAGCUCAGACAGAACUUCUCUGGCUCUAAAGAGACAGGAGCAUUCUAUGGGAGGGAAUUCAGGACAGCCAAGUCCCUGCUUCUUAUCCUCUUCUUGUUUGCUCUAUCCUGGCUGCCUCUGUCCACCAUCAACUGUGUUUCUUAUUUCUUCCCUAACACGAACGUACCCCAAGAAUUGCUCUGCUUGGGUAUCCUGCUGUCUCAUGCCAACUCCAUGAUGAAUCCCAUUGUGUAUGCUUGCAAAAUAAAAAAGUUCAAGGAGACCUACCUCCUGAUCCUCAAAUCCUAUAUCCUAUGCGUACCUUCUGACUCCUCGAGCACGGAGCAAACUUAGGAAUAGAAAGCCUGGGAAUGACAAUUGCCAGUCCCUUUGACCUCAUCACUUCCCGUGCUGGAGACUGAGGGGGUCCUUUGGCUCAUCAUCUCAUUGACUGGAUCUACGCGUCCCCCUCUGUCUUUGUUCUGAAGAGGAUAGGACUCCAGACGGCAGCUAUUAGAAAACUCACCCACCAGUACGCUGCUCUCCUCUGAUCUUAUGGGAAAUCUGAGCAAUAAGUGCCAGAGUUUGCUCCAUUUCUUUAUCUCUAAAAUGGGAACCACAAGACUCAGUAGGUGGUAAACAUGUUGGACAAUGAUUGAGUUCUGUCCCAUUGUAUCCACCCUUCUCCUAACAAUAGCCCUGUUCUUAAUACCUACUGGGAAGGAUGGGUGGGAAGUAGACUGAAUAGAAUGAUGGUUUGACCUACUGAGUUAACUUAUGGGCAUACUUGAUCAAAUAAAAGAUGAUACCUUAACACAUAGCACAGCUGCUUGCCUGGGGAAGGGUUGCCUGAGAAACAGCAGCACAGCUGGUUGCAGCCAGCGCAUGGCCAGCUUAGAGCCCUAUGAUUCUGUGAAAAAGAAAAAAAGAAAGAAAGAAAGAAAGA